AUGCUAAAGCCGCUGUUUGUUUUGAGCCUUUUGCGAGCAGCGCUAGCAUGUUCAAGUCCAUCACCUCAAGUAAUCGGACCUCCGGGAGAGGUGAAUCCUACAUACAACCCGAUUCCAGAUUUUGCAAUUGGGCUCCCUCUUAAUACCGAUGGAUAUCGUGUUGAGAGCUUUGGCAAGGGAGCUUACAUGAUUACCAACAAUUAUUAUCAGGCAAUGGCUUUGGUUUCAACGGAAGGCGUCAUCAUGAUUGAUGCACCGCCAUCUAUUGGACGAAACUUGCUAUAUGCAGUUGGCAACAUCACUCACCUCCCUAUUACACACCAAGUAUAUAGUCAUUCUCACGCUGAUCACAAUGGAGCCUCAUUUCUGUACGGCAACAUCACCCGAAUCGGCCAUCGACUGACUCACGAAUAUCUCGCAUUAGCUAACGACCCUUAUCGCCUAUUACCUGAUAAGACAUUUUCGGACAAAAUGACGUUAACCGUUGGCAAUCAGACGCUUCAUCUCGAGAAUAGAGGCCCUAACCAUUCUCCUGAUAACUCAUAUAUAUAUGCCCCAGCACAAAAAGUGUUGGUACUUAUUGAUACUGGCCACUUAACCCUAUCUGGCACUCGACAAGACGUUGAGGAUAGUUACGGUUACGUAUCUGAUCUCUACAAGACUUGUCGCGAGGCCUAUCUGUUGGGAAUUUCCACGGCAAACGGAACCAACAAUCUCACAGCCUCAGCUCUCCAAGCCGAGGCGUUAGCUGCCAAUCCCAACAACCCAUAUGCCGCACUUUCGAUUGUUAUGAAUGCAUUUUCCAAUUAUUGUAACGAGGUUACUAACAAAAAAUGGGCCAAGAAGUUAGCAGGGACAGACAUGUAUGGGUGGAGCCAUGCAUAUACUAUCAUUGACGCAUUAAGGAUUGAGCAAGACGUCAAAGGAUCAUAUGCAGUCGCUGUUAACUAA